AUGUAUCGACGGGAUUCCCAGGUGUCUGACAAACCUCUGGAAAUAGACCAGGUCUCGAACCCAGACCGGAGCAGGUCAAAUAGUCCGAAAAACAUGAAAUACUAUAAAGAUGAGGAUAAAACUAACAUAACAAAGAAAUCCUUCUGCAUAGAUGCUUUACUAUCGAAACAAGUGGAACCAGAACAAACGAUCCAGGAAAUGGCGCAGCAGAAGUAUUUAGCGUUGAUACAAAAUAAAAAUUACAUAACCAGAUAUCAGAAUGAAAAUUACGAUACGCAAAUCGAGCAGAACACGAUCAGUAAAUGCCAGAACAGGCCGCCUAGCCAGAACGAUAGAGCGAGUAGUCCCAGGUCUAUUUCCAGCAGUCCCAGAAGUGGAAGCCCAGGCUCUGAAGAUAAUUACAGCCCUCCGAUUUCACCUGGAGUGGAGGGUGGCACUGAUGAAUACGAUAACUAUAGACCUGGUAUCAUCCCUAAACCUGGCUUACUCCAGCCUCCGAUGUCCCAGCCCCUGCUGUAUCCACCCCAGAUGAUGCAGUCAGCAUUCCACCACCCUGGAGACAGGGUGCUGCACCAGAUGCAACUGGAAUGGCUCGCGAGAACUGGAAUGUUCUACCAUAGAAUACCAGAACUGGGAGGUGCUCCUCACGCGCUACUCGGUAAGACAAGACGACCAAGGACCGCCUUCACGUCACAGCAACUUCUGGAGCUUGAGAAGCAGUUCCGCAUGAACAAAUACUUGUCCCGACCAAAGAGGUUCGAAGUGGCGACCAGCUUGAUGCUCACGGAGACACAGGUGAAAAUAUGGUUCCAAAACCGUCGAAUGAAAUGGAAGAGAUCGAAAAAAGCACAACAGGACACCAAGAUCAAAGAAACUAAUGAAGAUAAAAACAAAUUAAAAGACGCUUCAGUAACUGAACACGAAAAACCCACGCAACAUUUGGCUGGCGACCUGACAUCUGUCAAGCCGGCCCCGAUGUUAGACAGGGACAGAAUCAUCGCGCUAGAGAGAGAGAGAGCGAUGGCCGCCGCCAAUUUCAAUUCGAAUUUGGAAAACAAUAGACGCGGAUUGGCCGUCAUGAGCCAAGAUGGCGGCCGGCCCGGCAUUGAUAUGUUCAGGCCUUACGUAGUAUGA